AUGGCGAAGAUUACCGGAGUGGAGCAUUGUUUGAACAAACAUGAUGCACGCUUACAGGGACUCGAAGAAGAACAAAAGAGAUACGCCUCUCGACUAGAUACGCUGCAGACAGAAGGAGACGCUUAUCACAGUGACUUAAGCGAUCUAAAAGAGAAUAUGGAGGCGAACAAAGUGGGAAUCGAGAUGCGCAACGAGGAUAUGAUUGAGGUAAAGAAAGAUGUUGAGGUCAACGUAAGAAGGAUAGAGUUGCAAAACGAGACGACACACGCCCUGGAAGCUCGACUGCUAUCGUAUGAACUAGUCCUUGCUGGUAUCGAAAAAGAGUUUGAUAGCCUCAGGCGCGAGCAAGAUGAAAAGAUAGCGCAAUUGGCGAGAGAAAACAAACGACAAGAUCAAAGGAUAGAGCAAUUAGACAGAGAGAGCAAGUGGCAAGAUGAAAGGAUCAGAUCUCAAGAAAGGACAAUAGCACAACAGGGCGGCAUGAUCAAGAAACAAGACGUGAAAAUCAACGGACAUGAAAAUCGUAUGAUUGGGCAAAGCAAGUGUUUGAUAGAGCAUAAUAGUAAGGCAAAGAAACAAGACGAGAAGAUGAUGCAACAAGUCAAAGAGAUGGAAAACCAAGCCAAGCAGAUUGAAGAAAAGAACAGGACGAUAGAAGAGCAGGCCAAGAAACUGGCACACUUUGAGUGCAGUAAUAGGGAACAUCUCUUACAACAAGAUAUCGCAAUGGCCAAACAAGCUAAAGAGGUGGGAAACCAAGCCGGGCAGAUUGAAGAACAGAACAAGGCUAUGGAAGAGCAGGCCAUGAGACUGGAACAACUCGAUUGCACCAGCAGACAACGUAUCCUGGAACUUCAAGCUGACCUGGAAGGACAAACCAAGGCGGCUGUCAGUGAAGCUGAAAUAAAGCUUGAGGCAGAUCUAGAAAGUGUGAAGAAACUUGUGACAGUGUCUGAAAACGCAUCAAGCAUCCCAAAAACAAGCGCAGCGGAACUCAGGACCCUCAGAUUCCAGAUGGAACUCAUCAAGGCACGCUUAGACCGGCACGAGGUUACAAACCGCAACCUGAUUUCGAAGGCCACGACGCAAGAGCUAUCUCUGACAGCGGUGAGCGAAAAGCUCAAGGCAAUGGGUAAACAACUAUCGAGCAUCCAAGCUGCCCAAUCGGAAGUUUCCAGUCGACUAGACGACCACAUCACCAGCGAGCGGCUGAAAGCAGAGAUUGAAAAUCUCCAGAACCACAUCAGGGAGUGUUGGGAUCGCCUCAAAGAGAGGAUCGAGCUGCAUAGACAAGGUUUAGUCAGUGGCGUAAACCAGCGCGUCGUUACCAUCCACGAGCACCUUGCCGUUCUGACAUCGGGCCUCAACGCUAUAAAUGGUGAGCAUGAACGGGUCGUCGGUCACCUCGCAAACAUCGCAGCGCCUUUUCGACCAGCACCCCCCGCACAGCAUAUUCAACACCACAUGGUUGAUCGGAAUGCGAUAUCCCCUCAGCCCAUACCGGUAGAUGAUGGCGGAGCGAUUACAGCGCUCGGGGCCUCAGCCUGUGAGAAGGUCUUCUACGGGGGACAUGUAGUGUGGUUCAAACACAAGGGACGGCAUCGUCUUCGCACGUGA